AUGUUUAUCCUCUUAUUCUUCUUCAUCGGGGAACCAUCCUCCAGAUGCGCCAAUGACGAGGGCGAUACUUUUCAGUCGCUCCUUGUAAGCUGCACCGACCAAUGA